CAUGCCGGGGAUGGACACAUAGGAUAACAUGCCGGGGAUGGACACACAUAGGAUAACAUGCUGGGGAUGGACACAUAGGAUAACAUGCCGGGGAUGGACACAUAGGAUAACAUGCUGGGGAUGGACACAUAGGAUAACAUGCCGGGGAUGGACACAUAGGAUAACAUGCUGGGGAUGGACACAUAGGAUAACAUGCUGGGGAUGGACACAUAGGAUAACAUGCUGGGGAUGGACACAUAGGAUAACAUGCUGGGGAUGGACACAUAGGAUAACAUGCCGGGGAUGGACACAUAGGAUAACA